AUGGAACAAAACAAUGGCACUGAAAUAAGUGAGUUCAUUCUCCUGGGAUUUGCUGGUCAACGCAAGUCUUGGCAUAUUCUCUUCAUAGUAUUUCUAGUGAUCUACGUGGCCAUCCUAGUGGGCAAUAUCGGAAUGAUCCUACUCAUCAAGAUUGAUUCUUGCCUUCAUACCCCGAUGUAUUUUUUCCUCCAACACUUGGCAUUUGUUGAUCUCUGCUACACCUCUGCUAUCACUCCCAAAAUGCUGCAAAACUUUGUACAAACAGAGCAAUCCAUCUCAUUCAUAGGGUGUAUGGUGCAAUUACUAGUCUAUGGUGCUUUUGCAACGACUGACUGUUACAUCUUGGCCGCAAUGGCAGUGGACCGGUAUGUCGCCAUCUGCAAUCCACUCCGCUAUCCAAUAGUCAUGUCCCAGAGAGUCUGCAUUCAACUCCUGUUUGGCUCAUACUUCAUAGGUUUUCUAAAUGCCUCUGUAAACACAAGUUUUACUUUUUCACUGAACUUUUGCAAAUCCAAUAAAAUUAACCACUUUUUCUGUGAUGAACCCCCAAUUUUAGCGCUCUCUUGUUCCAACAUUGACUUCAACAUCAUGCUGCUAACUGUCUUUGUGGGGUUUAACCUAAUGUUCACUGUGCUGGUUGUCAUCUUUUCCUACAUAUAUAUCCUGGCUGCCAUCCUGAAGAUAUCUUCCAUUGCAGGGAAGAAAAAAGCCUUCUCCACGUGCACCUCCCACCUGACAGCAGUCACUGUUUUCUAUGGGACUCUGUCUUACAUGUAUCUGCACCAUGGGACCAAUGAGUCUCAAGAGCAAGAAAAACUGGCUUCUGUGUUUUAUGGCAUUAUGAUCCCCAUGUUAAACCCCCUCAUCUACAGCCUGAGAAACCAAGAUGUGAAGGAAGCCCUAAAAGUGGUUACAAAGAAGUGCUUCUGGUUGGAUCAUUGA